AGCAAGCUUUGCUCCAGUUUCAUGGAUACCUCUCAAGAAGUUGAACUCCAGAACCAAGGUUACUCAUUCUGACUAGAACAUUAUUUUUUCCUCAGUUCCAUUCCAUUAAUCUGCAAUAAUAUACUUCGUAUUAUUAAUUCAUCUGAGCUGAAUAUCUGCUGGAUUUAUGAUGUUGUUUUUUGGGUAAGGCAAUGAUCCUAGUAAUCACCAGAUGGAGCUUUCAUCAUCACCAAGAAGGAGCAAGAAAUAUACAUGGUGGUUGAGGAUUGGUGUGUACAUCAUUUUUCUGGUCGCCGGCCAGUCCACCGCCACGCUGCUAGGGCGGUUUUACUUCGACAAAGGAGGGAACAGCAAGUGGAUGGCGACGCUGGUUCAAUCCGCCGGCUUCCCGGCCUUGGUCCCACUCAUCUUCUUCUUCUCAGCAAAGUCUUCAUCAUCAAGAACAGGACAACCUCGUACUAGAAUCAGAAGGACAUGGCUGCUGUCCCUUUACGUGUUCUUCGGCCUGCUCUUGACCGCCGACAACAUGAUGUAUUCAUACGGCCUCCUCUUCCUCCCUGUGUCCACCUAUUCCCUCCUCUGUGCCACCCAGCUGGCCUUCAAUGCCCUCUUCUCCUUCCUUAUCAAUGCCCAUAGGUUCACCCCCUUGGUGCUCAACUCCGUCGUCCUCGUCACGGUGUCCGCCGCCCUUCUCGCUGUCCACUCCGACGAUGCCACGGCGUCCAGAGUCCCGAGGGGGAAGUACGUCGUGGGCUUCUUGUGUACGGUGGGCGCCUCUGCUGCCUACUCCCUAUACCUUUCCCUCAUGGAACUGUCGUUCAAGAAGGUGAUCAAGAGGGAAACGUUUGGUGUGGUCUUGAACAUGCAAGUUUACCCGUCAUUCAUAGCGUCUUGCUGCUGCGUGGUUGGGCUUUUUGCUAGCGGGGAGUGGAGUUUGAAGGGGGAGAUGGAUGGUUUUGGGAAGGGGAAGGUGUCAUAUGUUAUGACACUGGUUUGGACAGCUUUGUCUUGGCAAAUAUGUUCUGUUGGUUUGUUGGGAUUAGUAUUUGAGGUUUCUUCUUUGUUCUCCAAUGUCAUUAGUACAAUUGGUUUGCCUAUUGUUCCUAUUCUGGCUGUCAUAUUGUUUGGUGACAAGAUGGAUGGAGUUAAGGUCAUUGCUUUGCUCCUUGCGCUAUGGGGAUUCCUUUCUUAUGUUUAUCAGCACUACCUUGAUGAUUCCAAGCCUAGUAGUGUAGUAUAGAGAAGCCUUCUGCUAUUUUUUGUAAAGUUUGUGCAUUAUGACUGCCUAUAGCUUAUGAGAUAAAAGUGACCCGGUG